GCAGGCGCGGCCCCGGCUCCCUGGUCUGGCGGAGAAAUUGUGCUCUCUGACUCCUGGGGAGCGGGAAGAGCCGGGUGGACCAUUUCCGUGUGCUGAGCUUGGGCGUAGCGGGGAGUGUGCGCAUGUGCAACACGGGGGUGGGGGUGGGGAAGGGGCUGUGUGGCAGGGUUUGGUGCGGGGCGGGGAGGCUGUGGGUGUCUGUCGGUCCCUUUUAAGGACCUCAGAAACGGGACCAACCCGGAAGCGCCCGUGUCAGGCCGGGGCGGCUCUGUCUGGGCCAGGAGCCUUGGCGGGGCUUUGACCUCCCCGAGAGGAGAGAAUGCUCCCCGCCCGGACCUAGAGCCUGGAGGCAGCUGGGGGCCGAGGAGGGGCGGGUCUGGGCCCUUCCCCAAGGGUGGUCUUCCAGGUCUGAACAUGCCAAAAGAGAAGCAGCCGUCAUAAGCCCAGUGGCUGGGGCAUGCUCGUACCCAGGUGCCAUGGAAGGGCCCCCGAUCUUGGGCACUGAAGAAAUGCCAACACGCUCUCCCCAACCCCCACUUGGUGCCCGUUUCCCCUUCCAGUGUACUCCCUCCUCCUAGGAGUUUGAAUCCACUCAGUGCAGUUUCUGAACUGGAAGGAAGCCAAAGAUGGCACCAGAAAGGGUGGGAGGCUUCUUCCUGGCCAGUCCAAGGCCCUUUCCCAUCCUGAGGCUCCCUGUUCACCCCUUGUAGGGGGUGAGCGUCUCCCCUGCGGCCAGGGAAGGGCCUGGGAGCGCCUCUGAGCCCUCCCCCUCUCUCCUUCCCCCCAGGCGCACAGAGGAAGACCCCCCUCCUUGGGGUUGCUACCCCCUGAAGGACCUCAGGGUGGCCCCAGCAGAGAGCCCAGACCCGGAGGGAAUGGCCUACCGGACUCCAAGGCCCCCCUCCCAGGGGUUAAUAACUUUUAAGGAUGUGGCUAUGAACUUCACCCAGGAGGAGUGGUGCCUGUUGGAUCAUUCUCAGAAAGAGCUGUACACGGAGGUCAUGCUGGAGAAUGUGCAGAAUCUACACUCUGUGGGGCUUCCAGUUCCUAGGGAAGAUUUUAUUUCCUGUUUUCAGCAAAGGGAAGCACCAUGGCUGCUAGAGAAAAAAGUCCCAAGAAACUCCUGUCCAGAGGCAGAAACUAAUUUUGAAGUGAGGAAGAUAUCUACCAAGCUGAGCCAUUUUGUGGAAGGAUCUGGCCUCCAAAGAUGCAUGAAUAAAAGACUCUGUAGCUUUAUUUUGAGAGAAAUAUUUGACUCUAAUAUCAAGGGAAAUAGAAACCCAAAGAGUGACUGUGAAUUUGAUGAAACUGCAAAGAAAUUCAGCCAAUAUUCAGUCUUAAAUCAAUAUACCAAAUUGACUUCAGGAAAUGACUGUUGUCUGGUUAGUAAAUAUAGCAACGGCUUUCUUGAAGAAAUAGGACUUGUUCAGUCACCAGAGAAAACUCCUAAAAUCUUCAUGUAUCUAGGUAACCCUGGGGGAAUGGCCUUUGGCUCUAGUUCAGACCUCAUUAGACAUCCAAAAAGUAAACAUGUAGAGAUGGUUUUUGUGAAUAAUAAAGAUGGGAAACCUUUCAGUCAGAACUCUAAGCUUGGUUCACAUCAAAUAAUCCACGGUAGAGAGAAACCUUACGAAUGUAAACACUCUGGAAGGGCUUUCACACUGAGUAGUGAUCUUGCUGCACAUCAGAGAAUCCACAUUGGAGAGAGACCUUAUGAAUGUAAACAUUGUGGAAAGACUUUCACUGAGAGGGGCAAUCUUGUUGCACAUCAGAGAAUACAUACUGGAGAGAAGCCUUAUGAAUGUAAACACUUUGGAAAGGCUUUCACGUGGAAUGACCAUCUUGCUUCACAUAAGAAAAUCCACACUGGAGAGAAACCUUAUAAAUGUAAACAAUGUGGAAAGGCUUUUACAAUAAGAAGCCAUCUUGCCACACAUCAGAGAAUCCACAAUCGAGCGAAACUUUAUAAAUGUAAGCAAUGUGGAAAGGCUUUCACACAGAGGAGAUCUCUUACUGAACAUCAGAGAAUCCAAACUGGAGAGAAACCUUAUGAAUGUAAACAAUGUGCAAAGGCUUUCACAAGAAGGAGCGAACUUGUUGCACAUCAGAGAAUCCACACUGGAGAGAAACCUUAUGAAUGUAAACAUUGUGGAAAGGCUUUCACUCAGAGCAGUGGUCUUGUCACACAUCAGAGAAUUCACACUGGAGAGAAACCGUAUGAGUGUAAACACUGUGAAAAGGCUUUCACUCGGAGUGACUAUCUUACUGAACAUGAGAGAAUUCAUACAGGAGAGAAACCUUAUGAAUGUAAACAAUGUGGAAAGGCUUUCACUCAAAGUGGCCAUCUUGCUUCACAUCAGAGAAUCCACACUGGAAAGAAACCUUAUGACAGUAAACAAUGUGGAAAGACUCUUAUAGAGAGGAGCUCUCUUGCUACACAUCAAAGAAUCCACACUAGAGAGAAACCUUAUGAAUGUAAACAAUGUGGGAAGGCUUUCACACAGAAGAGUAGUCUUGUUGCACAUCAGAGAAUCCACACUGGAGAGAAACCGUAUGAAUGUAAAUACUGUGGAAAGUCUUUCACUCAGAGAAGCGGUCUUGUUGCACAUCAGAGAAUCCACACUGCAGAGAAACCUUACAAAUGUAAACAAUGUGGAAAGACUUUCACACAGAAGAGUAGUCUUGCUGCACAUCAGAGAAUCCACACUGGAGAGAAACCUUAUAAAUGUAAACAAUGUGGAAAGACUUUCACACAGAAGAGCAGUCUUGCUGCACAUCAGAGAAUCCACACUGGAGAGAAACCUUAUGAAUGUAAACACUGUGGAAAGGCUUUCACUAGGAGUGGCUAUCUUACUUCACAUCAGAGAAUCCACACUGGAGAGAAACCUUAUGAAUGUAAACACUGUGGAAAGGCUUUCACACAAAGGAGCCAACUUGUUGUACAUCAGAGAAUCCACACUGGAGAGAGAAACCUCAUGAAUGUACAUAGUGUGGAAGGGCUUUCACAGAGUUUAUCUGUAUAAAUGUCAGAGUAUCCAUCCACACUGGAGGGAAAUUGGAUGUAAUGAGUUCAGAUUGACUUUCACAAGAAACUUCUCAGUUGUUUCAUGUCCCACUCCACUGGAGGGAAACCUCAAUAGUAGGGAGUCUGGGCUUAUAGUUGACAUUUUUAGAUUGUUUUGUUAAACAAAUGAACUAUGUCCAAUGUGCAUUAGAAAAAGGAAAAGUACUAUAAAAGUUAAAAAGGGGGGGACCAGUUAAAGCUGCUCUUUUGGGGGGUAAUACAAGAAUUAGAGUAAGAGGAAACUCAUUAAUGGGAAUGGGAUUAGUAAAUUGUUGCAUAUGGUUGUAAUCAAAUUCUAUUUUUUGUAAUUAAUGAGGAAAAGCUCAGAAAAAACCUGGAAAUAUUGAGAAUUGAUGCAGAGUGAAUUUAACAGAAAUAGGACACUACACAUUGUGACAGUAAUAUUGUAUAUAGCAUGUAGCUCCUAGUAGUGAGAGUGUUUUGUGACAUCCCUGGGAAGCCAUGGUCUGGCCAAAAUCAGUACUAUGGCCUAGGCAUCAUCACAUGAGGUCCCCCAAACCCCUCCUUUCCACCCUUCCCCACAGAAACGGAAUGUUUUUUCAAGAAAUUCUCACCCCAAAAUUAAAUCCAUUUCCUUUUUAACAUGGCCAUGAUCCACUGUGUGAAUGCAAAUGAUUUUCACAAAUAGUUUUAUAAAACAGUAAUAUAGUAGAUAAUGCACAUUCAAAAAAUUACCAAAAGUUAAUGACAGUAGCAAACAAAACCACUAAUAAGAUUCAUAUGAGUAUAUAGCCACUUCGUGAGUGACAUUUAAAAAACCUAUGAACUGAUGAAUACUUGUCACAAAAUCUACAGAUGUAGCAAAUAUUUUAACUUUGGCAAAGGUUUUUUAAACAAAAUUUAUUACUUCUAUUAUGCCAAAAUUUGGCAGAAGAGCCUAGAAAAAACCCAAAGCUCUGUACUACUGAUGAAAACCUAUUUGGUCUAAAACAUCACUAAGAAUCUAGAUACUUGUUCUCGUGCAAGUAGAUUAAAGAGAUAAAAUGUGCAGGAA